CGGAGCCCCGGCCCGGAGGUCUGUCACGCUGUUUCAGCGCCAGGUGGCCGCUGUUAUACCACUUCGGUCCGCGACGAUCCUCUAGAGCACUGUGUGUCUCCCCGGACGCGAGCCCGCUCCCCUGAAAUCUGCAAAAUGGCUGAUAAUUUGGAUGAGUUUAUUGAAGAGCGAAAAGCCAGACUGGCCGAAGACAAAGCAGAGUUGGAAAGUGAUCCACCUUACAUGGAAAUGAAGGGAAAGUUGUCAGAGAAGCUUUCUGAAAACAGUAAGAUACUGAUCUCUAUGGCUAAGGAAAACAUACCACCAAAUAGUCAACAGACCAGGGGUUCCUUAGGAAUUGAUUAUGGAUUAAGUUUACCACUUGGAGAAGACUAUGAACGGAAGAAACAUAAAUUAAAAGAAGAAUUGCGGCAAGAUUACAGACGUUAUCUUACUCAGGAAAGGUUGAAACUUGAACGUAACAAAGAAUACAAUCAGUUUCUCAGGGGUAAGGAAGAAUCCAGUGAAAAGUUCAGACAGGUGGAAAAGAGUACUGAGCCCAAGAGUCAGAGAAAUAAAAAACCUAUUGGUCAAGUUAAGCCUGAUUUAACUUCACAAAUACAGACAUCUUGUGAAAAUUCAGAGGGUCCUAGAAAAGAUGUCUUAACUCCUUCAGAGGCAUAUGAAGAACUUCUGAACCAAAGACGACUAGAGGAGGACAGAUACCAACAACUAGAUGAUGAAAUCGAAUUAAGGAAUAGAAGAAUUAUUAAAAAAGCAAAUGAAGAAGUGGGCAUUUCCAACCUAAAACAUCGAAGGUUUGCAAGCAAGGCUGGCAUUGCAGAUAGAAGAUUUCACAGAUUUAAUGAGGAUCGUGUUUUUGAUAGAUGGUAUCAUAGACCAGACCAAGAUCCUGAAGUAAGUGAAGACAUGGAUGAGAGGUUUAGAUAUGAAAGUGAUUUUGAUAGAAGACUUUUGAGAGUGUAUACAAAUGACAGGAUGCACAGGAACAGACGAGGGAACAUGCCUCCCAUGGAACAUGAUGGGGAUGUUAUAGAACAGUCAAACAUAAGAAUUUCAUCUGCUGAAAAUAAAAGUGCUCCAGACAAUGAAACAUCCAAAUCUGCUAAUCAAGAUACCUGUAGUCCUUUUGCAGGGAUGCUCUUUGGAGGUGAAGAUCGAGAACUUAUUCAGCGAAGGAAAGAGAAAUACAGACUAGAACUAUUGGAACAAAUGGCUGACCAACAGAGGAACAAGAGACGAGAAAAAGAUUUAGAACUCAGGGUUGCAGCGUCUGGAGCACAAGACCCUGAGAAAUCGCCUGAUAGACUAAAGCAGUUUAGUGUGGCACCAAGACACUUUGAAGAGAUGAUACCACCUGAAAGACCCAGAAUAGCUUUCCAGACACCUCUCCCUCCUUUAUCUGCCCCAUCUGUCCCACCCAUCCCGUCAGUUCAUUCCAUUCCUUCUCAAAAUGAAGAUUUGCGCAGUGGACUCAGCAGCGCUCUUGGUGAAAUGGUGCCUCCCAGGAUUGCACCUCUGCCUCCACCUCCCGUACUACCACCUUUGGCUACUAACUAUCGAACUCCUUAUGAUGACACAUACUAUUUUUAUGGGGCCAGGAAUACUUUGGAUCCCAGUCUUGCUUAUUAUGGUUCAGGAAUGAUGGGCGUACAGCCUGCAGCUUAUGUUAGUGCUCCUGUCACCCACCAACUAGCACAACCUAUUGUGAAUACGGUUGGACAGAAUGAACUGAAGAUUACAAAUGAUCACGUGAUAAAUUCAGGAUUGAUUUUUGAAGAUAAACUGAAACCUUCCAAACAGUCACUUCAGUCUUACCAAGAGGCUUUGCAGCAGCAGAUUCGGGAAAGAGAAGAAAGAAGGAAGAAAGAACGUGAAGAAAAAGAAGAAUAUGAAGCUAAGUUAGAAGCUGAAAUGAGAACAUAUAAUCCCUGGGGAAAAGGUGGAGGUGGUGCUCCUCUCAGGGAUGCAAAAGGAAAUCUGAUAACUGAUUUGAAUAGGAUGCACAGACAAAAUAUAGAUGCCUACCAUAACCCAGAUGCAAGAACAUAUGAAGAUAAAAGGGCUGUUGUAUCUCUAGACCCAAAUUUAGCCACUUCAAAUGCUGAGAACCUAGAAGAUGCUGCAAAUAAAAACUCAGGUCAUAUGCAAACACAGAGCUCUCCUUUUGCUCGAGGGAAUGUAUUUGGUGAGCCUCCAACUGAACUUCAGAUUAAACAGCAAGAAUUAUACAAGAAUUUUCUUCGUUUUCAGAUUGAGGAAAAGAAACAAAGAGAGGAAGCAGAGCGAGAGAGACUGAGAAUUGCAGAAGAAAAAGAAGAAAGACGGCUUGCAGAACAGAGGGCACGAAUUCAGCAGGAGUAUGAAGAGGAACAGGAAAAGAAAAGGGAGAAAGAGGAGGAGCAAAGGCUAAAAAAUGAAGAGCAUAUUCGGUUAGCUGAAGAAAGACAAAAAGAAGCAGAAAGAAAGAAGAAAGAAGAAGAAAAAUAUAACCUGCAACUUCAGCACUACUAUGAAAGAGAUAAUUUGAAUGGGGAAGAAGCAAAGCACAUGAGACAGCCUUCUCCUAUAGUUCCUGCUCUUCAGAACAAAAUUGCAAGCAAACUCCAAAGACCUCCUUCAGUUGACAGCAUCAUACGUUCCUUUAUUCAUGAAAGUUCCAUGUCCAGGGCACAGUCACCCCCGGUACCUGCCAGGAAAAAUCAGCUCCGUGCAGAAGAGGAGAAAAAAAAUGUAAUUAUGGAAUUAUCAGAAAUGAGAAAACAGCUUCGUAGUGAAGAGAGGCGUCUACAAGAGCGAUUGCUACACAUGGACAGUGAUGAUGAAAUUCCUAUCAGGAAAAGGGAAAGGAAUCCCAUGGAUGUAUUUGAUAUGGCUAGACAUCGGUUGCAAGCUCCUGUCAGAAGACAGUCCCCUAAGGGCUUAGACGCUGCCACUUUUCAGAAUAUUCAUGAUUUUAAUGAGCUGAAAGAUAGAGAUUCAGAAACACGAGUUGAUCUGAAAUUUAUGUACCCGGAUCCUCCAAGAGAUCAUCACACCUUAGAGAUUCAGCAGCAAGCUCUGCUAAGAGAGCAGCAGAAGAGGCUGAACAGAAUAAAAAUGCAGGAAUGUGCCAAAGUUGACUUAGAUGCCAUCCCAAGUGCUAAAGUACGAGAGCAAAGAAUGCCCAGAGAUGACACUAGUGAUUUCUUGAAAAACUCAUUAUUGGAAUCUGAUAGUGCUUUUAUUGGGGCUUACGGUGAGACAUAUCCUGCCAUUGAAGAUGACGUCCUCCCUCCACCAUCACAGUUGUCCUCUGCGCGGGAGCGCAGGAGGAACAAAUGGAAAGGACUAGACAUUGAUAGCAGUCAUCCUAAUGUAGCACCAGAUGGUCUCUCCCUAAAAUCUAUAUCCAGUGUAAAUGUUGAUCAGCUUAGAAUGAGAAACGAAGAACGAAUGCGAAGACUGAAUGAAUUUCACAAUAAACCUAUUAAUACAGAUGAUGAGAGUUCACUGGUUGACCCUGAUGACAUCAUGAAACACAUAGGGGAUGACGGAUCAAACUCUGUAGCAACUGAGCUCUGGCUCCGCCCUGGCACUUCAGAAACGCUGAAACGCUUCAUGGCAGAGCAGCUGAACCAGGAGCAGCAGCAGAUUCCUGGAAAACCAGGCACUUUCACUUGGCAGAGCCUGUCGACUGCACACGGUUAAAAUAAACCUGUAUUGGACCCAGAAGUGCCUUGAAAGGAAUGGUAAAUCUGUACCUUUAAUAAUAUGUGCUACUUUUGGCCCCUACCUGAAAGUUACUUUUUUUCCAUCAUAUCUGUAUAUAAAAUUAUUUUUAUCAUGAUGUAUAUUGUGUACAUAAAUAAAAGGCCAUGAUUAUUGAUUUAUAUAAUAGAAUUGUAUAGAUUAUUUUUGCACAAUUUUGUCAUAAAUUAGGGUGGUAAUGAACUGGAUUGAACUACCAUAUGUGCAUUAUAUUGAAUUCUGCUUGUCAUUAAGAUAAGGUAAGUGUCUUAACCGUCCUGUAAAACCAGACGACUCCCCCUUUGUUACAUGCACAUUUUUUCCAUUGUUACCUCGAUGCAAAAGAAUUCAUUUAGUAGGUACAUCUAUUGUAGCUGUGAUUAUUCCAGUUUCUGUGUGAUGCAAUCAAGUGUCCUAUUAUUUCAUGUCAUUUGUAGCUACUGAUACAGUAGAAAUGAAGGGAACUGUAAUUGCUUGUAUUUUUGUAAGCCAUACGUUAAAUGUUACAUCUUUCUGCUUUUAUUUUUAUGCCAAUGAAGGCAUUUGUCUUGUUACUAAUUUAUAUGAUGUAACUACUUCUUGAUAUAAAUAAAUUUUUAUUUUAAUUAAUUACUAAAAUCUUUUUAACUACUAUGGAGCUUUCUAGACUAGUUUUCUAGAGGUUGAAUAGAGGUGGAGACACCCGGGAGUCAAGGACAGAGAGACAGACUAGAGUCUUCUUGUUCCACCAUGGAACCUUGGAUAAGUGAGUCCAUGUGAGUUUUCUAAUCAAUCACUCAGUCAGUGAUACUUCUAAAAAAGGAAAGUGUCAUUCAAAUUAUGAAAUUCUGACUCAGAUUAGAAUCUUCAGAACCAUGACAGCUGAGAACAUCCCCAGGCACUGCUUCUCUAAUACUUCUCCUCUGAUGUAAUUAAUUAAUGGUAGACAAUAUCAGAUAAAUUUGCCACAAUUAAAUUACUGAUAUUUUGA